ACUCAAGCCUGCAAAGUCAUGGCAGAUGAAGACGUGAGCAGACCAGACUCUCACUACAGCAGUUCUCCAGCCACGCCAAGCCUCAGCAACCCUGGCACACCACGAUCCGAAAUCUCCUUGGAUGUCCGAGCAACACCGCCUCUUUCCAGAGCCACACCACCAUUGGCCAGAUCUACUCCGCCCUUAGCACGAGCAACGCCUCCUUUAAACCAAGGCCAUUCUCUGGGACUAUCAGUUAACACUACAAAGUCAGUAACACAGGCACCAUCUUCCUCAUCCCCUCUCGCACAGAUGCAUCACCAUCAGAGUAAAUAUGCUUCCCUUCUAGCUGUCAUUGAGGACAUGGGCAGAGAUAUCAGGCCGACCUAUGCUGGGAAUAGAGGCUCCACAGAAAGGCUUAAAAGAAGCAUUGUUCAUGCCAGGAUUUUGGUUAGGGAGUGUCUAAUGGAGUGUGAACGCAGUGCUCGUACUUAA